AUGUCUGUCGAAACGCUCACAACCAUCUCGCCUACUACAAACGAGCCGAUAUUGACUCGCAAUGGCGUCACGGCUGCCGAAUUGGAAGAGAUUCCUAAGAUCGCUGCUGAGAAAUUCCAGAGUUGGCGGCAGACCUCAUUGACGGACCGUCAAAUCAUAAUUAAGAAAGCGUUAAAACUACUGGAGAAGAAAAAAGAUGAUCUUGCUGAGGAGCUCACCGUCCAGAUGGGACGACCUAUUGCUUAUACUGGUGUUGAAAUCACAACGGCCAUUAAACGUGCAGACUACCUCGUCAAGAUUAGUGAAGAAACACUGAAGGAUACCGAUGGCGAGGCGGAGAAAGGAUUCAAGCGAUUCAUUCGGAAAAUUCCCGUUGGCCCUGUCCUCAUAAUCUUCGCCUGGAACUACCCUUACCUAAUUCUUGUCAACUCACUUAUUCCAGCUUUACUUGCUGGCAAUACCGUUAUUCUCAAACCUUCCCCGCAGACCCCUACGAUUGUUGAACAGAUCGCCAAGGUCUUUGCAGAGGCGGGACUACCCGCUGGUGUCUUGCAGUAUUUCCACUGCGGGUCGCCGCUGAUCAUGGAGUCCGUGGUACGGGAUCCGAAGGUAUCUCUAAUCUGUUUCACCGGUUCGGUGGCGGGAGGUUUGUCAGUCCAAAAGGCCGCUUCUGAUCGAAUUGUCAAUGUUGGCCUAGAGCUCGGCGGUAAAGAUCCCGCAUACGUCAGGGGAGACGUAGACUUGGACUGGGCAGCUGCUGAGAUUGUCGACGGAUCCAUUUUUAACUCGGGUCAAAGUUGUUGUGCCAUUGAACGUGUUUACGUCGACGAGAAGAUUUACGACUCUUUCAUCGAAGCAGCUCAAAAGGUCUUGAAGGACUACAAGGUUGGCGAUCCUCUUGAAAAGGAGACCCAGAUCGGACCGGUCAUUUCGAAGCGGUCUAAGGAGACUAUCGAGUCGCAUAUUCAGGACGCUUUGAGUAAAGGUGCAAAAGACGCAACACCAGAGAAUUCGACAUUCUCGAACCUCCCACCAAAAGGAAACUUUGUCAAGCCUACGCUCCUCAUCGAUGUCAACCAUAGCAUGACGGUCAUGACGGAAGAAACGUUUGGGCCCGUUAUUUCCAUCAUGAAAGUCAAGUCCGAUGAAGAGGCUGUGUCAUUAAUGAAUGACAGCGAAUUCGGCCUCACAGCUAGCAUAUGGACCAAGGAUACGGCUAAGGGCUAUGAGUUGGCGGAGCAAGUCGAAGCGGGAACCGUCUUUGUCAACCGUGCAGACUACCCCAGCCCCGAUCUGGCCUGGACAGGUUGGAAGAACUCGGGCAAGGGCGUAACUCUAAGCAGAUUCGGAUUCGAUCAAUUCGUGAAGCUGAAGAGCUAUCAUUUGAAGGACUACCCGAAAUAG